CAUCGUAAUCAGCUGUUCUGUGAGACAAAUAUGAAUUUAUAUGGAUUAUGACUGUUUAGUAACAAGACAUAAAUUAUAACUAUAUUGAAAUUUGUUGAUAUAAAUAAUGAAAGCUAGAUAUUUAACAUUCUUCUCUUAUAUAGGUACUAAAUUUAGGUCUUCAGAAAAAAUAUGGCUUAAAAGUGGUCGUAACUAUCCUGAUACUGAGAGCGUCCAAGGAUUAAUGGAAAUAUCUUUACUGAAAUUUAAGCCUUUAAAUUAUCCUAAUAUAUGUCUAUCGAGUCGCACAGACGGUGGAGUGCAUGCAUUAAAUUCUAGUGCACACUUUGACUUGGAAAGACGUGGAAACCAAAUAUAUGAUACACAAUUCAUCAUCCAUGAGAUGAAUAGCUUUUUCUUCAGGAAUCGAAUAAGUAUUUACGUUAAAAACUGCCUACGAGUUAAUGAUGAUUUUAAUGCCAGGUUUAUAGCUACCUCAAGGACAUAUUUGUACAGAUUAGCAAUACUAAAACCGGAGGUUCAGAUUGAUGAAAAUAAUUAUACUAUACCAUCAUUGACUCCAAUAGAAGAAUGGAAAAGGUGUGACUUUAUCAGAUUAAAACAAUUUGAUAUAGAAAAGUUCAAGAAAGGUGCUAAUUAUCUAGUAGGCUAUCACGACUUCACAACUUUCAAGAAAUUUGAUAAAUUGAAUCAGAAUAAGCACAACCGACGUACAAUUAACUCAAUAGAUGUAAGGCCAGGUCAGCCUUGUGUCACCACAUACACAAGUCAAAGUAAUAAUUGUUUUGAUUACUGGGAUAUAACAAUAAAAGGACGAUCAUUUGUACAUAACCAGAUACGACGUAUGAUUGGCACUCUCAUAUCAGUCGGGACGGGCAAAUUGAAACCCGAGGAUGUCAAGGUGAUGCUACAGGUACCGUCCAAGCAUUCCUGGCACAGUUUCAUACAGUGCUGCCCUCCCGACGGUCUGUACCUGUGCAACGUCGAAUAUAACCCUGAAGACUUGCUCUACGAUCCAAAUAGAAAAAUUACACUUGAAUCGGAAAAAGCGAAUGACAAUGAGUUUCUUGAAUGA